AUGGAAGUUCCAAUUAUUGGAAGAUUAAAUUAUAGAGAUUAUCAAGCUUUAUUCAUUGCUAUCGUGUUUUUAUUUAUUGAAAAAUUACUUCGCGGUAUAACUUAUUUAUUACCUAAAGCAGGAGUGAAUUAUCUUAGGGAAGAAAGUCAGAGAUUAUUUUCAAUGUUAUAUAAGGAUGAAAGAACUUUACCAGUAAAAUUAUUUCAACACGCGGCAAAUUUCCGAGAAUUAGUUAGUUAUUGGGAUUAUAAAGUUGAAGAACAUAUAGUAAAAACAAAGGAUGAUUAUAUAUUAGGACUUCAAAGAAUACCUAAUGGUAGAUCAGUAGGAUCUAAAUCUAUGAAUUUUACAUUAAAUCCAAUUCAACAAGAUGAAGAACCUAAUAUAGAAACAGUAUUUAAGAAUAAUGGAAUUUCUUUAUCAGCAAUUCGAAAAAAUCCAAAUGAAAUAAAGAAUAAAUCAUCAUCACCAUUAUCAUCUUUUUUACAAGAAUUUUCUGAAUCAACUUCUUCUUCUUCACAUCAAAAAAAGAAUUUUGUUAAGCCCGUUGUAUUACUUUAUCAUGGAUUAAUGACUUGUAGUGAACUUUGGGUUUGUAAUGUUGAAUAUGAAAAUAGGUUGGCUUGUUUAUUGGCUGAUGCUGGGUACGAUGUUUGGUUUGGUAAUACAAGAGGUAAUAAGUAUUCUAUGAAACAUACUAAAUUUGAUCCAAGCGAAAGAAAAUUUUGGGAAUAUUCAAUGGAUGAAAUGGCUUUAUAUGAUUUACCUGAUACAAUUGAUUAUAUAUUAGAAAUAACAGGUGCACCAUCAUUAACAUAUAUUGGAUUUUCACAAGGAACAGCUCAAUGCUUUGCUGCUUUAUCAAUUAAUUCAAAAUUAAACAAAAAAAUAAAUUUAUUUAUCGCGCUAGCUCCAGCAACAAGUCCAAAAGGUUUGAGGAAUCCGGUAAUUGAUGCAUUAAUGAAAUUAUCACCAAAUGUAAUAUAUUUAUUUUUUGGACGUAAAGCUGUGUUAACGAUGGCAUUAUUUUGGCAAAAAGUAUUAUCUCCACCAAUUUUUACUAAAAUUAUUGAUUUAUCCUUAAGAAUUUUAUUUGGUUGGGAUUGUAAAAAUAUAAGUGAAGCUCAAAAAGCUAUCGGUUAUUAUCAUUUAUAUAGUUGUUUAAGUACAAAAAGUUUGGUCCACUGGUUUCAGAUUAUUAGAUCAAGAAACUUUCAGAUGUAUGAUGAUUUACCACCUUAUUCUUAUACUUCAACUUCGUUAGGAUAUUCUUGUCAAAGAUUUCCCACAUUACAAAUUACUACUCCUGUUGCCAUAUUUUAUGGUGGUAGAGAUAGUCUGGCUGAUAUGAAUAUGUUAUUGAAACAAAUACCCACUCCUGUUCUAAUGAGAGAAGUUUUAGAGUAUGAACAUUUGGAUUUCCUUUGGGCUAAUGACGUACAUCAAAAAGUCUUUCCUGAUAUAUUUAAUUUAUUGUUACAUUAUAAUGUUCAUGAUAAUAUUCGUAAUUAUGAAUUUAUGGAUGAUUAUCAAAAUUAUGAUGAUAUUGAACAAGAUGAAGCGUUGGAUUAUUCUAAUAAUUAA